AUGAUUUUGACAAGUGCGUGAAAUAGAAGGAUUUCCUUGCGGAAAAUGGAAUUGUUCCGUACAAGUGAUUUUUACAUUUUCGUUAACGGUGAAUUUUCUUUGUGGUGGGACCGAUAUACUGGAGCAUGUAUUCCAAAAACAGGAUGGGAUUUGACGGACGCAGACGAUCCGGUAUGCCUGGGCAUCUGCGACGGAAUUGUCGGUAAAUUAGAACACAGCACGGUGUUCGACCCCCGCCUACUUUUAAUCAAGGAAAGCGUCCCCGUGGGCAACUUGCACGGGAAGAACGUCGUAUACAAAAUAAAAUCGGUGGUUUUCUUACCGCUGGGCCCGGACAACGCGGAAGUGAUCUUGACGCCUUGCCAGAAGCACAAAACCAUGCCGAAAAAUUCAAAAAAUACCAACUCGCUGUUCGACAUACAGAAAAACGCUGCUUUCACGAAAACUUGGGGCACGCUGAAAAGCGCGGGUAACACGAUCAAGAAUACCACGCAGCAGGCCGCUGCCAUUGCGACUGGCACCCCGAAAAGGCGGGACUUCAAGGACAAGGAUAAAUUCGAGAGGCAAAUAAUUGAAGAGUUCUAUAAAAUUUUCAACGAUACGAACUCGUUUUACUAUUCGAGAACCACGGAUUUAACCAAUUCCUUGCAGAGAUUGUGCAAUUUAGAGAAAGAAAAUUUAAUUGAUCCGAAAGCACUAUGGAAAACUGUAGAUGACAGGUUCUUUUGGAACAAGUAUAUGCUCAAAGAUUUGGUGGAAUUAAAUAAUCCCCUAUGCGACCCCUGGAUUUUGCCCGUAAUACAGGGCUACAUACAAAUUGAGGACUGCAAGGUCGAUUUUGGGCCUGAUGUUCCCACUCCGGACCCGGACAAAAAUUACGAUGUUUUUACGUUGUGUAUUUUGUCCCGAAGAAGCCGUUUUAGAGCUGGAACAAGGUAUAAAAGAAGAGGUGUAAAUGAAAAUGGCGAGGUCGCAAAUUACGUAGAAACAGAACAAUUAAUUGCCUAUCAAACACAUGAAGUGUCGUUUGUGCAAGUUAGAGGUUCAGUGCCUGUGUACUGGUCACAGCCAGGAUUUAAGUACAGGCCACCACCUAGAAUUGACAAAGGUGAGGCUGAGACCAACGUGGCAUUUGAGAAACACUUCGCAAGCGAAAUACAAAAAUACGGACCCAUUUGUGCUCUAAAUUUAAUUGAUCAAACCGGUAAAGAGAAAGUCGUUUUCGACGCCUAUUCUCAACAAAUUUUGAAUUUAAACAGCCCGUUUCUGACCUAUGUAACAUUUGAUUUUCAUGAAUACUGCCGUGGCAUGCAUUUUGAGAACGUAACAAUUCUAAUAAACGCCGUGGCUGAUAUCUUAAAAGACAUGAAUUACUGUUGGAGGGACAAACAGGGCCACAUAUGCUCGCAAAAUGGAAUUUUCCGCGUCAACUGCAUCGAUUGUCUCGAUAGAACAAACGUUGUACAAACUGCUUUGAGCAAAGCUGUUAUGGAAAUGCAGUUUUGUAAACUUGGCCUGAUAUCUCCUGAAGGAAUAAUUCCCAAUAGCAUAAAAAGUACUUUUCAAUCAUUGUGGGCAAAUAAUGGAGAUACUAUAAGCAAGCAAUAUGCGGGCACCAAUGCACUAAAGGGGGAUUAUACUAGAACUGGUGAAAGAAAAUUUACUGGUAUCAUGAAAGAUGGAAUGAAUUCAGCUAAUAGAUACUACUUAAGCCGUUUCAAAGAUGCGACCAGACAAGGCACCAUCGACCUAAUGUUGGGCAACGUGGUGUCCGAAGACGUGUUCAGCGAAUCGAAAGCUGCGCAGUACGACGAAGACAGCGCUGCCACCGCGGAGCACGUAAAGUUACUAAUAGAGGACUGCAAAAAGAUGCUCAUCAACCAACCCGAAAACGUCGUCGGCGCUUGGGGUUUGAUAAACGCUGACCCCUCCACCGGGGACCCCAGCGAAACCGAAAUGGACUCCAUUUUGAUCCUCACAAAGGACUCUUACUUCGUCGCCGAUUACGACGAUCAGGUCGAUAAGGUUACCAAGUAUCAGAAGGUUUUGUUGGAGGACUUGACGCUGCUCGAAUGCGGGAUGCCAGAGUCCAGUGCAAAUAUUUUUUCAAAGUUCAAUAAGAAUCGCUUUUGUAUAAGGAUCAAUUACAAAGUUGAUAAUGUUGGUGGUUAUUACCAUAUGUUCAGGUCUACCAAUUUGAGGUUCUUCAAUAAUUUGGCGGUGGUUAUCAAGAACGAAGAAGAAGAAAUAGAGUCUCUUAAAGCCAUUGGGGAGGCUUUUUUGGUCGCCAUGGAAAUCUGUGGUAUUCCCUCCAUCCCGUAUCGUCAAGGUCAAUCUUUAGACAGGCGGAAGUCGAAAAUAAUCCCCGGAAGCACCGAAAGUAACAUGUAUCUAGAUAUAGUUGGUCUGCCACAAAUGACGAGGAAUGUUUCCGAAACUCAACUUCUAGCUUUAAAAAAUGCUGGUUCUAAAGCUAUCUCCAAUAUGACGCAGCAGUUUUCGAAGCUGAAUAAAAUCGGUAGCUCUUUUAAAGCAAAGCCAAAACCGCGUGCGAACUUCACGAUCGGUCAGCACAGUAAAAACGAAACUUCUAGUGAUUCAGAGGAGGAGUACGAGAAUAUUUUCCAGCCUAAUCAAGACAGCGGUUCUUUACAGUACGCGACCGAUUCCAGCACUAACAGCGCUCAUAAUUCCAUAGAGCAAGCUUUCGAGGUUGCGCUUGAGGAUUCCAUCCAUAACAAAGAGGUCGAGUGUUUUAUGCCUGGGGUGGGUAUUGUGAUGGGUAAUCCCACGGAAACAAAUCAACAUGAGCACGAAGGUACUCUGCAAAGACAAGACUCCAAAAGAAUUGAUUUGGCUCAAUUAAACGAUAUGCAACUUACUAGCAUAAUGCAAAAUGUUAGUAUAAACCCGGAGAUACAAAUCAACUCGGAGAGUCAGGAUAGCGAAAAGCGCCCCAAAACUUUACAUCUGGACCGGAAGUUCAGUCAUUCUUCCGGCGAAGUGGACGAUAAUCCGGACUCGUCGCUAAAAAUGGACCGCUCAAAUUCAGACUACGAAAUAACCUCGAACAUUUCCCAAUCUCAGAGCGAAUCGGCUCUAAAGAACAAGUUUGCGAAUAUUACGAGUCCUGUGACAAGUGCUACCAAAGACUUGGUUUUGUCGCCUUUUAGUAAGUUGGCCAAAGGCGUGCAGAAUUUAGGGGCGAAUUUGGAUCCGAGAAAAUUAGGUGGUCAGCAACGUCAGGUUACGGAGAAGGAAAUGGAGGAACAUAGGCAAUUGGUGGAAAAAUGGAAAGAUAGCAAAAGCAGGCUUAUUGCUUUGUAAGUUAAAAAAAAAUCCCGUUUUUUUAUAACAAUAUUGAUUAGUAAUUACUUCAUAGGAACAUAAAAAAAUAUGUUUACAAAUUUUUUGUGUUCCCUUUAUGAUAAGAACCAUUGAAUCAUUGUCAAUUGUUCAUUAAUAUUGUUUAGUAACAGUUUAGAUGCAGAGAGCUUAUAACUUAAAUAUGUUAAUGUAUUAAUUAAUACAUAGACAUUAGGGUGUUUAAAAAAAGUGAUAUUGGUUUUUAACUCUAAAUUUUAAUUUCAAGAGGCUCAAAAAUUUUCCAUUGAAAUAUUACAUGAAAAUGUUUUUUCUUUAUUUCUU